GAUAUUGAUGAAAAUUGGGAGGACCAAUCAAAAUCUGUGGUGGAAGUCUCCAUCUUUAAACAACAAGACCUGCAGCUCUCCAAGAACAACCAGGAAGAACAAAAAUGGUGACCAAAAUCAGUGACGAGACUGAGAUUCCGGCGCCGGCGGCCAAAGUUUGGGCGCUUUAUGGCACCAUUCACUUUGCUGAUUUCCUCCAACUUCACCUCCCCAAUAUCAUCAAGAACGUCGAGCUCCUUGAAGGCGAUGGCGGCCAAGGAACUCUUGUCCACGUCACUUUUGCUCCCGAUUUAGGGGGUAUGAGAUACAAAGAGAAGUUCGUGAAAAUAGAUAACGAACAGCGUAUAAAAAUAGCGGAGAUGGUGGAAGGAGGGUACCUGGAUCUUGGAUUCACUGUUUACAGGUUUUGUUUUGAGAUAAUUGAGAAGGAUGAAGAGAGUAGCAUUGUGAAAUCAUCGGUGGAAUAUGAGUUGAAGGAAGAAGCUGCUGCAAAUAUUUCAUUAGCCAGUGUUGAACCUUUGAUAGCCAUAGCUCAAGCUGCCAAGAGCUAUUUCCUCAACGCCCAACAGCCCAAGGAUGCAUGAUACCAUUCAUGUUGCCUAUCCAUAAUAUCAUGGGUGUGACUUUGCUGUGUGUUUAAUUUUCAAUAAUGGAGGAUUCCAAACUUGUGAUGAAGCACAAGUUUCUUUUCGUCGAUUGAUCAAAUAAUCUUUUCAUUUGUAAGCGUAUAAUCUUUUAUAGUCUUCAACGCGCCGACGAGCUUAAAGAUGUAUAAUUCGUUGAUGUUUAGUGUGUUUGGAAUAACUUGAAAAUUCUCGA